ACCCUCAUGACAAAUUACCGACAUAACCGUUCAGUCCUCCCUCAUCUUCCUCCUUGCGGGCUAGUGUUCCUCGUAGCGCUCGCUCGCCGCAGCUCCGCUCGCACGCGCAGAUCCCCGGCGCUGCUCCCCUCGCGCGACGGAUAGAUCGCAGUCGCUGCUCCACCUUCGCCGUCUUGCUCCACCGGGCUUUUCACGCUCCCCCGUGCUGCUCCCCCUCCUCUGUCCAAGAUUUGAUUUUUCCGGUAAUGGGUUGGUGGUGCGGUGCUAGCGGAGCAGAGGGAAAGGCCAGGAAGAUUGCACCGCCGCCGCUGCUCCUGCUUCUCCUCGUCCCGCUGCUGGCCGUCGGCCGCGCCGAUGCGUGGGGCAAGGAUUGGAGUACCCCGCUCCGCCGCGCUGCCCAGAAGGCGGGCCCAUGGUCCCCCACCGCUGGGAUCUCCGCUGCCGGUGACACCCGUAUUUCCUUCCCCGAUGCCCUCUUGCACCAGAUCAGUCGAGAUUGCCAAGAAUUAGAAACUUUCAUUGGCGAGCAAUUGGCUUCUCUGCUUUAUCUGGAGCCACACAGUGAGCUUACGUACAGAAUCUUCACAAAACAAUCUGCUACUCCAGAUUUUUGAGGUGGUACUGAAAUUUACAUCACCAUCCAAACAGAACAAGAAGUUAUGCCAGGCUCAGGUCGUCCAGGUUGUGCCUGUAAUGGAGUGUACACUGAAUUCAACUGAAUUGAAUUCAGCUUGUGCCUGUAAUGGCACGUAAGAUGUUCAUGUUUCCUUUCCUCAGUCAAAAUCUUUCAGUGCACAGCCAUUAACUUUUAACUGAAAUGAAUUAAGAAUUAAAAGAACUCUAGCCAUUCAGUUAACAGUUAAACUGAACUGAGUGAAAAUGGAGUACUCAGAAAGUUAAAUCUUAACAGACACAGGUCUCUAUAUUCUGCAUUUUUCUUCUUCAGUUUCCAUUCUACAGUGUAGGAGUGAAUUGCUAUCGACUAGUUUCAAUAAUUUGAUUUAUAGGACUGAAUUUCUAUCGACUACAAUCUCAUUUUGCAUUUUGACACUUUCGGUUAACAUUCAUUUGAUUAAGACACCAUACAAUGGAAAUAUUAACAAUGCUGGAGCAGUAGUAAUUUCAAAUUUGGGAAAGAACUUCUAUAAUUGUAGGGUUGAACUUCUAUUUUGGGUAGAAAUAGAUUCCUGCCUUCCUUUUUUAAUCCUCAGAUUGCUCCCUUCCUUCUUUUCUAAUCCUGAGAUUGCUCCCUUCCUUCUUCCAAUCCUGAGAUUGCUCCCUUCCUUCUUCCAAUCCUGAGAUUGCUCCCUUCCUUCUUCUAAUCCUGAGAUUGCUUCCUUUUUUAAUUCUAGGAUUGACGACCGGAGGCGGAGGCACUGGUGAGGCGGAGGCGCGGGCGCAGGAGGCGGCGCUGGCCAAGCCAGGGACGGCGGCAGGAGCUUCCUCGCCUGGAGCUCGCCUAGAUCAGCACCGGCGGCCUGGAGCAGAGCGAGGGCCGCAGGAGCUCCCUGGCCUGGAGCAGAGGGACGGCCUGCGGGAGCUCCUUGACCUGGAGCAGAGGCCGGCGGCCUGGAGCUGCUGGGGGCGGUGCGGUGGUGGGGCGGCGACCUGCUGGCCGGAGCAGGUGGAUGGGCCGCGAGCUGUGGGGGCGGGCGUCCGCGAUGGAUCUCCUCCGCGAUAUUGGAUUGCCGGCUCUGGCGGGAGGCGGCGGGAGCUCUGCUUGCCUCCGGCGGCGCGAAGGUUGCGGGACGGCAACGGCGGGAGCUCCGCUUGCCUCUGGGGGAAGAUUUCAGUUUGGAUUUCAACUUGAAUUUCAAUUUUGAGCCCAAAUUUCAAAUGAAUUUCAAUUUGAGGGAUUUUUUGGCAAAAGUUCGAUUGCACUGGAUGAGUGGAAGGACGCGACAUCCUUUACAGUACAGAGGGAGUAGAAUAGAUGCUAUUCCUGAUGGUAUGCAUUCCCUAUUUGGGAGCAGGCUUUCUCAAUUUCAGACGGAAGAAGAAAUAGUGGCAAUAGGAAUAGCUUCUGUUCUAUGGACUAUAUGGAAUUUUAGAAUUGAGGCAUGCUUGGACGACCAAAGAAUUUCUGGUCCUUUGGUUGUCGUUCACAGGGUGAGGUACUUGCUGAACUUAUGGUUCUAAUGCAGAUAAAACAGGAAAGACGAAGUGCGGUACAAGACUCUUCGAGCAGGUGGCAAGUAGAUCAUCACAUGGGAUGGAGACCUGGAAGCUGAUGGGGUGUGACCUGAAGAUGAAACUUUGGUCUGUAGCCUGCCGAAGGUUGAUCUGUUCGGCGGGCAACUGGUGGUUAUCAGAUUUCUGGGUUUCUCUUUACUGUUUUGUUGAACUUGUAAGAACCUAUGUUAUUUCUCAAAAUGGAAAUUAGAGGGUCCUCCCUCUUUUUUUCAAAAAGGAAAAAAGAAGAAGAUGGCAAUGCUCUCGUCACAAA